UUAACAAGGUCCGUGAAUCGCUCAGUGGCUCAGAACCCGGAGUCGGGGCUGAGACCCGGACAUCGGACCCCAACUAGACACCGGGAGACACGGAGACAGGUCCCAGCCGGAGCAGACCCAGGAGAAGCUCGGAGUUCCUGGAAGAGCAGAGUCAGACGGACCGCCCUCCGCUGCCCGAGGGGAGCCCUGUUGGCACGGCGACGGAGCCCAGGAUGGGACGGAGAGUGGGAACGUUGCUCUGUGCGCUCCUGUUCCUGGGGGGUGUGGGGGCCGUCUGCCAGACGGGCAAUGCCACAGAGUGCCAGGCCGCGUCCCCGGUACCAGGGACCAGUCUGGCCGGAGAGGGUAUCGAUAUGGUGACGUUGACCCGAAAGAGGGCAUAUGUGGUGGACGUAGAGAGCUGGAAGCGUCCGGACGGGGCCUGCACUCUCUGCGCAAACUCACUGAUGGGGGGUAAACGCCAGCGACUCCCCCUGGCCGCGGUGGACUGGCGGGCUCAGCGCAACUGCCGCCGGGCCGUGUCCAGCCAGCUCUUCCACUCAGUCUCCCAGCUGACUGAGUCGGUCAGCUCCAGUGUGGACAACAGCUGGAAGGUUGGCCUGAAGCUGCCCGUCCAUCCCACACAGUCCGUCGGUUUAACACUGGCUGGUUCCAAGUCCAAGGUCAUGUCCUUCGCCACCCGCAAAGCCCAAUCAGACCGCUACAGCUUCGCCAGCCACGAGUUCCGCUGCCGCCUGUACCGCUACCGGCUGAAGGACCCACCCCCCCUGACGCCCCAGUUCUCCGCCCACCUGGGCCAGAUCCCCAACACUUCCUACGAGGGAGCCCGGCACCACUACCACCGACUGGUGCAGACUUUCGGAACACAUUACGUCCGGUCGGUGGAGCUGGGUGGAUCCUUCAAGGACGUGACGGCCAUCCGCACCUGCAAGGCCGCGGUGGAGGGCCUCACCGCCGAGGAGGUGAAGGACUGCCUGAGUGUAGAGGCCAGUUACGAGGUAGUUCAGGCAGGCAAGGCCACAGCUGGCACGAGUUUCUGCAAGAGGAAGGCCUCGUCCCUGAGCCACGGCAGCAGCUUCCACCAGGCCUUCAGCGAGAGGCUGACGGUCACAGGAGGUCAGUCCACCGGGGAGAUGGACAUCCUCUUCUCCUCUGACCCCGCCGCCUUCACCCGCUGGCUGAACAGUCUGACGGCCUCACCGGGGGCAGUACACUACCAGCUGGCCCCCCUCCAUCACCUGUUACCCACCAGUGACCGCCGGCGUGACCAGCUGGGGCUCUACCUCAGCGAGUACAUCACAGCCAAUGCCCUGAGGCGGGACUGCUCCAAAACCACCUGCCCCGCCGGCAAGAGCAAGAGCCCCUCCGACCCCUGCUCCUGCCUCUGCCCAGAGAGUGACCGGGUGGACCGUCUCUGCUGCGCCAAGCAGAAGGGCGCGGGGCACCUGAUGGUCACCGUCGAGAGGGGCUUCGACCUCUGGGGCGGCCAGUGGGAGACCACCGAUGGAUUUGUGGUGGUCUCCUACGGGAAGGCCAACGGUCGGACGUCAGUGGUGUCCAACAACAACAACCCUCAAUGGGACGCCACACUGGACCUGGGAGAGGUGGUGGCCGACAGCGGCCUGAAACUCACGGUGAAGGCCUACGAUGAAGAUUCCAUUUGGAAUGACGACCUGGGGACUUGCCAGGUGCCCCUGACCUCUGGCCGCACUAAUUACACGUGCCAGCUCAGUUACGGCAAGGUCAUCUACCGGGUGUCCUUCACCUGUGGGCCCCACCUGCAGGGCCCCACCUGCCAUCAGUACGCCCCGAGUCCAGGCAGUCCCGGGUUCACUGGGCUCCUGUCGACCAACAGUUCGUCCUGCUCGCCCACCUCCUCUCCUCUGGGGAACUCCGGCCUCAAUGUUAUCUACCCCUGACCCUUGGCCUCUUCACCGACCUCAAUCCCAAGCCCGACUCUGUCCUUCCAUUGCCCCUGGGCCUGGUGUCACAUCCUCCCCCCUGAUCAUCAGUCCCAUCGCCCGAUGCUUUUCCCCUCUGUUCCCCUUGACCCCGUGCCCGUCAUCCUCUGGGCCUCUGAGGUGGGCAACUGGUCGGUCCCAUUGCCCUCACCUUUACCCGCUCGGGCCCAGGACCCUCUCUCCCCAGGACUGCUCCCUCAGGUCCGUCCUCCUGACCCUCCCCUGCUCAGCCUUGCUCCCUCACCUCCAUCCCCAUGACCUUUACCCUCUGUUGCCCAGGUCUUCAGGAGCGUUCCCUUCAGUUCCUUCUCCUGACCUUUGCACUAUCACCCGUGAUAGCCCGGGUCACCACACCCCGCGCCCCUACCGGUCCUGGGCUCAUCCUCUGAGAGAGACCCCCCCCCCACACACAAACCUCGAAACCUUCCCAAUCCCCGCUGCUAGAAUCCCACGGGCACUGGGAAUUCCCAGUGGGAAUGGGAGUGAGAACUGACCACCAAUCCUGGCUUGCUUGGCUUUAUGCCAAUGGCUGGUGUUUGGGGGUGUGGGGAAGGGGACCGGUGGGAAGGGUAUCGGGGAAACAACCGCUCUGUAGAGUGUUACAUCACCCCUGCCCCCCCCCACCCCCCCCCAGGAGCCACCCCUUGCCCCAACACAGACCCGUUUUGGAGGGAAGAUGCACCAGCCAGCUCGACAAAUUGCAGCCAGCUUAAUCGCUUGAGCGUAACGUCAUUUACGGAUCCACGCCGCCCGUGCAGGAGGAUGGCUCAGAGACGGCUCUGUCUCCCACAAUCCUGGCGUCCACAGGGGACAUACCGGAGAGUCUCCGGCAGACCUGUGUCCCAGGACGGGUGACUUUCAUCGGAGCAGGAACAUCCAUAGAACCAUACAGCACAAAACAAGCCCUUCGGCCCACCGUGUCGUGCCGUCCAUCAGACCACCCUCACACUACCUAACCCCUUCCUCCCGCAUAUCCCUCUAUCUCACGUUCCUCCAUAUGCCUAUCCAACAAGCUCUUGAACCUGUUCAAUGUAUCUGCCUCCACCACCACCCCAGGCAGUGCAUUCCAUGCACCAACCACUCUUUGGGUGAAAAACCUCCCUCUGACAUCUCCCCUGAACCUCCCACCCAUAACCUUAAAGCCAUGACCUCUCAUCUUGAGCAUUGGUGCCCUGGGAAGGAGGUGCUGACUGUCUACUCUAUCUAUUCCUCUCAAUAUUUUAUACACCUCUAUCAUGUCUCCUCUCAUCCUCCUCCUUUCCAGUGAAUAAAGCCCUAGCACCUUAAACCUCUCCUCAUAUUCAAUACCCUCCAAUCCAGGCAGCAUCCUGGUAAAUCUCCUCUGCACCCUCUCCAAUGCCUCCACAUCCUUCCUACAAUGAGGCGACCAGAACUGAACACAGUACUCUAAAUGUGGCCUAACUAGAGUUUUGUAAAGCUGCAUCAUCACCUCGCGGCUCUUAAACUCAAUCCCGCGAUUUAUGAAAGCCAACAUCCCAUUGGCCUUCUUAACUGCUCUAUCCACCUGUGAGGCAACUUUCAACGAACUGUGAAUAUGAACCCCCAGAUCCCUCUGCUCCUCCACACUGCCAAGUACCUUGCCAUUUACCCUGUACUCUGCCCUGGAGUUUGUCCUUCCAAAGUUUACCACUUCACACUUCUCCAGAUUGAACUCCAUCUGCCACUUGUCAGCCCAGCUCUGCAUCCUAUCAAUAUCCCUCUGUAAGCUCCGACAGCCCUCCACACUAUCCACAACACCGCCGAUCUUAGUGUCAUCCGCAAACUUACUAACCCAGCCCUCCACCCCCUCAUCUAAGUCAUCUAUAAAUAUCACAAAAAGUAGAGGUCCCAGAACCGCAGGAACGUCGUAAGCCUCCCCGUGCACGAGAAGCUUUGCAAAGAGAUGCCUGGAACUACGAAUCACCAGAAGGAAUUGUCCGAUUGCCUCUUGCCUUCUCUGUAUAACCUCAUGUUUUUGCAAUAAACAC